UGGAUUUGUUUCAGGUCUUAGUUGGUAGUAAGUUAGUAAAAUGGCAAGAACGAAGCAGACAGCUCGUAAAUCUACUGGUGGCAAAGCUCCGCGUAAACAACUUGCCACGAAAGCAGCUCGUAAGAGCGCACCUGCUACCGGUGGGGUAAAGAAGCCUCACCGUUACAGACCCGGCACGGUAGCUCUGAGAGAGAUCCGUCGCUACCAGAAAUCUACUGAGCUGCUUAUUCGUAAGCUGCCUUUCCAGAGACUCGUGCGAGAAAUCGCCCAGGAUUUCAAGACAGAUCUCCGUUUCCAGAGCUCCGCUGUCAUGGCUUUACAAGAGGCCAGUGAGGCUUACUUGGUCGGCCUGUUUGAAGACACCAACCUGUGUGCCAUCCACGCCAAGAGAGUGACCAUAAUGCCCAAGGACAUCCAGCUGGCUCGUCGUAUUCGUGGAGAGCGCGCCUAAGGACACAAAUUAAAAGCAAUCUACGUUU